AUGGAAAAAGUGAAAAAUAUCCGAAGAGAAGUGGAGGUCCAUCUGAGCUUAGACCAUCAAAAUAUUUUACAAAUUAUGCUGGAGGUGGAGAUUUGUGGCUUUAUGCUAAGGAUUAUCGGCAUAAAUUUUCACGAGAAAUUCCAGAAAAAAGUGUUGCCAGUUUUGCACUUCAACUCUGUAGUGCCCUUAGAUACAUGCAUUCAAACAAUAUUAUUCACCGAGAUAUUAAACCGGAAAAUAUUCUUAUUGGAUGUGAUGGAUCAAUCAAGGUUGCAGACUUUGGUUGGAGUGUAUAUAACGGAGAUUCCCGCCGACAAACCUUUUGCGGGACUGUAG